GUGUUCUAUAGCUAAGUACAUACAGGGAUCAGGGAUGGCCGCCGGCAUGUGGUGCGCGGUAACCGGCGGCCGUGGCUUCAUGGCGAGGUACCUGGUGGCUGCGCUGCUCCGCUCCGGCGACUGGCGCGUGCGCGUGAUCGACCUCGCCCCCACCGUGGUGCUUGGCGCCGCCGGUGAGGCGCCGGCGGAGGACCUCCUCGGAGCUGCCAUCCAGGAUGGCCGGGCUUCCUACAUCCAGGGCGACGUCCGCGACCUCGCGCAGAUCACCAAAGCUUUUGAAGGGGUAGACGUUGUUUUCCAUACGGCUGCUCCAGAUGCAACUAACGAAAACUUUGAACUUCAUUACUCUGUUAAUGUUGAAGGAACACAAAAUGUUAUUGAAGCAUGUAUCAUGUGCAAGGUCAAGAGGCUAAUAUACACUAGUUCUAGUGGCGUUGUAUUUGAUGGGAUUCAUGGCCUUUUUUAUGCUGAUGAAUCAAUGCCUUAUCCACUUAAGUUUGUCGAUGCAUAUACAGAAACUAAGGCAGAAGGAGAGAAGAUAGUGAUGGAAGCUAAUGGCACAAAAGGCCUUCUCACUUGUUGUAUACGUCCUGGCAAUAUUUUUGGCCCUGGUGGCAAAAAUAUAGCAAUGCUAGCAUCUUCAAGGAUAUGGAAGUUCAUGUUCAUUCUUGGUAGUGGAAAGAACUAUGACGACUUUGUGUUUGUUGAAAAUGUUGCACAUAGUCAUAUAUGUGCAGAGAAAACUUUGUCUAAUGAAGAGGGUGCAAAGAUAGUUGGAGGGCAAACCUAUUUCAUAACAAAUAUGGAACCAGUAAAUAUGUGGGAUUUUGUAUCUCUCAUUCACGAAUAUCUUGGAUAUAAAAGCCAGUUUAGAAUAAAAGUCCCUAUGCUUGUCAUUAUGGUGACUGCAUAUGUGGUAUAUUGGCUAUGCAAGGCAAUCCUUCCAAUUCGAGUUAGUCAGUCAUUAACGUUCACCCCUGCAAAGAUGAAGUAUGUGACACUAAAUAGAACAUUUAGCUGUAAGAGAGCCAAUGAUCAACUUGGCUACAAACCCAUCGUGUCACUGAAGCCAUAUAAAAAUGUAGGAUGGUUUGAAGAUAACAUUGGAAUCAUGCCAUAAUUUGCAUGCUCAAGGACUAUUAUGUAAAUGAUAUGUGUUUAUCACACGAGUAGAGUUAAACGAAGCUUGUUCUUUGUGAAAGCCGAGUACACAAGAUUUACUGAACAAUGAAGACACGGAAGUGAGUAAGGAUUCAUGGAAGUCGACUGCGCAUUCUACAUUAUUGGACAAUGACAUAGUGACAUAACAUCACAAAUCUCAGCUUUGAACUAGUAGAUGCUAUAGUCAUACUCGCAUCUAGAAAACACUGAAUGUUGUGAUGAAAAUUAUGACAUAUCUCUUCUCCAUAGUAUGAGGAACCACCUUAAAUUCAUUAAAUAACUACUUGUAAAUGGUUCUAAAGAUUCUUUCUUUGACUUGAGAAACCACCCUUAUUUGUAACUCAAACCCUGACAAGUCUAUCCAUAGAGGUCCAUAACGAAUCUUCUUAUGCCCAUAAAAUAUCUUGAAUUCAAACUGUUCAGACAUGCCUGUACUGUCCAGCAUGAAACAUUACCAAUAAUAUUAGGCCUUGUUUAGUUUCCAACGAAAAACUUUUCCUCUCAUCAUAUCAUAUCGAAUGUUUCGACACAUGCAUAUAGCAUUAAAUAUAGAUUAAAAAAUAAUUAUUUGCACAGUUUGCAUGUAUUUUACGAGAUGAAUCAGUUAAGUCUAACUAGUUCAUAAUUAGACACUAAUUGCUAUAGUUAUAAAUGUGCUACACAAAAACUUUUCUUUUCCCGAACUAAACAAGACCUUAGUUCCAUACUACAAAUCCUACCACUGACACAACUUAACCCUACAUGUAUAUAGCUAAAACAAUAGAGAACCAAACUAUAGUAAGUUCACACAAGACUAGGUGAAGAAAUAGGUAUUAUACUCUAGAGUAUUAUUACAAAUGUAGAUCCUAAAUCUACUACCUAUAGAAAAAAUACAUAACUUAGGUCUAAAAAGCAUAGAUCUAAAACUACAAAUUUUAUCCAAAACUAUCUAUUAUCUACAUUUAUUAUAUAUGAAUUUUUUGACAACAUAUAUAUGCAUUUAAUAUUUCCUAAAUCUAGUACUCUAGGGAAAAAACAUAACCCAGUCUCCCCAUCCCUAAAUAAUUGUUGUUUUCACUUUUCGAGAAACUACUUUGACUAAAUCUAUAAAAAAAUAUUAAUAUUUAUGGUACAAAAUAAAUAUCAUUAAAAAGAUAUUCCAUCUAUUUUUAUAAUAAAUUUAUUUAGAGAUAAAAAUAAUGCACAUAUUUUCUACAAAUCUAAUCAAACUUAUGGAACAAAAAUAAAAAACAACAGUUAUUUAGGGAUAGAGGGAGUAGCUCUAAAAUGCAAUACCUAGAUCUAAAACUACCACUAUUAUUCCCAAACUACCUAUUGACUAAUAUUACAUAUGCAUUCGAUAUUUCCUAAAUCUGGUACUUAUGAGAAAAGAAAUACACAACCUAAAGUCUAAAACACACACUAGUAUAUAAAAUAUUAGUACUAGCGAUUCUAAACCUUUUUUUUACUGGUGUUUUUAUUCACCGCCAAUGGCAAAGGCUAGUGAAAAUCGCAAACUUUGCAGGCGUCUUCUAGAGAAUAGCCACUACAAAUGAUUUCAUUGGUUGUGUUCUUAAGAAAAACCGCCACUACAAAUGCAUUUGUACUAGUUGUUUUCUUAAGGCUACCGCCACUAGAAAUGAUUUUUAAAAAAUGCAGACUUUCUUCUUGCUACCGCCACUAGAAAUGGUUUUCAAAAAUUACAAAUUGGGCUAAAAAAUAGGAAAAAAAUUAAUCUGGGGAAGCCGCCACCUCCCCGCUCCACCAAAGUCACAAGUAGUAGCAUGUAUUUUUCGCGCACUUCACGACCGGUGGGAUUCAACCUGUGACCUCUCUCUCACAUGUUUUUGCUAUAGCUUUAGAUCUACACGGUGAAUAUAUAAUAUGGUAUGCUUUAGUAUAAAGUUUUUGCUAUAGCUUUAGAUC